AUAAUGUGGCAUAAACCCUAGAAAUUACAAAAGAUUGAACCCCUCUGUAACAGCAAAUUAGGAUCCAUAUUCCUGAAGGUAAAGGAGAAGAAAAUAUUUUUAAUGGCUGGUUCAACGAUUCUCUCGAGAUUAUCAUCAGCUCGAUUAAAGGCUCUUCCUUUAAAGCUUAAAAGCAAUAAAUCAGCGUUACCCACGGUUUCUCCAUUGAAAUCGAGCACUCAGUCUCAGGUUUCUUCUUCAGUGAAUCGCAUUUCUGGGAUUUCAAGAUUGCCAGUGGAGCUGAGCUGCUUAAUGUCAAUGAUGCCAUUACACAGUGCAGUUGCUUCAGCUCGCCUCAGAUCAUUUCUUGCUAUUGAAUCUCAGAGUUGGGGUUUGAUUCCUCAAGGUAUAUCUAUGCCUUUAUAAUAGCACCCCUGGUUGGUGGCUGUUAUGAAUUGUUUGUUAUGAUAUGAUGAAUGCCGGAAGCGUCGAUCAAUGAGAAAUCAGUCAGACGUGAAUCAAACCAAAUAUGUUUCAUUUCUCUGAAAUUUGGUUUAAUACAAAGAUUAUUAUCGAGUUUAUGUUUUUUUUUGUUCCA